AUGCGCGCCACCCACGUUCUUACCGAGAAAUUCGCAACGGUGACCGCAAAACAACAAAGCUUGGACAAUGACAAUGCCAAUUCUAUUCCGUUCUGGUCCCGCAAAAGCGUCCAUGAAAUCUUAAGCUCAGAGAAGUUGAACUACGUUUUAAAAUGUACAAGACCUACAAUUCACAGAGGCCUACCAAAAUUACGAAACAUCCUGCGAGAAAGAAACACCGUCUCAGGCAGCUGGAAAACCAGUCUGCUGGAAGAUGCAAAGCUUCUGAGGAGAUCAUGUACGGUCCAAUCAAUCUACUCGUAG